AUGAAAAGAGAGAGCCAUGUUCCUCGGGAGGGAUGUGUGCUGCAGCUCCUGUGUGCAGCCCCCCGCUGCCAUGUCUCCAAAGACACAGCUCUGGAGACUCAGCAAUCACUGACAAGUAAGAGUGCGAUCAUCUUCAGUUCAGCAAGGGCACCACAGCGCUUCUCCUGCUCACAGAUUUUGUCUGUGUUCAGAAUCUCUGUCCAGAGUCAGCAGCUGAGUCCAAAUCUCUGCUGUGAGUGUUCACUCGCUUCUGUAAGCUCUAUAUUAUCACAAUUAAUGGAUCCUAAAUCCUUUACCCAAACGGCUGCUCCACCAACCGCAAGGAUUCCUGCAAUUCCCAAGCGUGUGGUGCCCCACACUUCACAGGGCCAGCGUUUGUUGCACCUACUUUCUCAGAGGAAGAAGGCUUUGCACAACCCGACUUUGCAGGAUGAGAUCCCACGAGGGCGGAUGAGAACAGCCCAUACUUCUGAGACCCACAGUCUUCAAAAACCUUUAUUAAGAAAUAAGAUGAAAUGCUUCCUGUGCUGUGGUAACCCCAAAAUAAUGGAUGAGGAAAACGUGUCCUCUUCAGUCAAGAAAGUGACCCAAACUAGAAAAAACAGUGCCGAAACGAUCCUGGCCCAAGUCAAAGACCGUACGGGAGAAGCUAAGACAAAUGAGACAACUGGGGACUCCAAGACUCAGUCCUCUCCUACUGAGAGACACGCAGACCUGGCCCUGUUGCAUAGUCCCCAGGCCCUGGACAGUCAGCUGCAGCACCAACCUCGUCAGCGCCUCUCUGCCUCUCUCCUGGGCUACUUGCGCUACUGUUUUCGAUGCUUUCCUCUAGUGGCUUGUGCCACUCAACAAGGGAACCCAACCUAG